AUCUCUUUAGGUUGUGACAUACUUACAGUUUAAAGACCACUGCCUUUUUCUUUAAAAAGCAUUACUUCAACUUGAGUUUCUUUCUUGGAGGAAUUUCAUCAAGAUGAGGAUGCUGAACUAGAAGGAUCAUCUGCAUCAAACUGAUCAUAUACAGGUAUUUGGUUUCCAAAUCAACUGGAAAGGACCAGUCAAUUAAUAGCUUAAAAGACUUUUAGGUCACCCUCUAUUGCUGAAAACUUACAAAGGUCUGGACAUCAUUUGAAACUGAAGGUAUGAGUAGAGCAGAAAGACAGAUAGAGGAGAGAGGAUACUGGGGGAGUAAAGCAGAGUUUCUUCUGGCUGUAGCAGGAAAUGUAGUUGGUCUUGGUAACGUCUGGAGGUUUCCAUACCUCUGCUACAAAUAUGGAGGAGGUGCGUUUCUGAUACCCUACCUUGUGUUUGUGGUUACCUGUGGGGUUCCUCUGUUCCUACUAGAGACGGCAAUGGGACAGUACACAAGGGAAGGUGCCAUUACAUGUUGGCAUCGCCUCUGUCCUCUGGCUGUAGGUAUUGGUUAUGCAGGUCAGCUGAUUCUGCUGUACAGCUGCAUCUGUUACAUCAUCAUUCUGGCCUGGGCACUUUUCUACCUUCUCUUCUCUUUCAGUUCUCAACUGCCAUGGGCCAGCUGUGACAACACCUGGAAUACAGAUGACUGUGUAAAUCUUGGUGCAAAGAAUUUGACUCUCAACCACACAGCACAAAUGAAUUCCACGUCUGCAGCUACUGAAUUCUGGGAACGCAGAGUGCUGUCUCUCUCUGGUGGUAUUGAACAGAUGGGUAAAAUCAACUGGGAGAUUCUUUUGUGUCUCAUUGCAAUGUUGAUCAUAUGUUAUUUCUGUAUCUGGAAAGGAGUCAAAUCAACAGGCAAGGUGGUGUAUUUUACUGCCACAUUUCCUUAUGUGAUGUUACUUGUGUUGCUGAUUCGUGGGUUGACUCUUCCUGGAGCCCUACAGGGGAUUAAGUUUUACCUGUAUCCUGACCUGUCCCGUCUCUAUGACCCACAGGUUUGGAUGGAGGCUGGAGCUCAGAUCUUUUUCUCCUACAGUUUGUCUCUUGGUACUCUCACUGUAUUAGGCAGUUACAAUAAAUACAACAAUAACUGCUACAGGGACAGUUUUUGGCUUUGUCUACUGAACAGUCUCACCAGUUUUGUGGCAGGUUUUGCUGUGUUCUCAGUCCUGGGCUUCAUGGCCCAUCAGCAAAGCGUACCCAUUGAUAAGGUGGCAGAAUCAGGUCCAGGUCUAGCGUUUAUAGCUUACCCACAGGCAGUUGCUAUGAUGCCUCUUCCCCAGUUGUGGGCUGUAUGUUUCUUUAUCAUGAUUAUAUUACUUGGUCUAGAUACACAGUUUGUAGGAAUGGAGGUUGUCAUGACGUCAAUGAUGGACCUGUUCCCUAAGAUGCUGCGCAAAACUGGAUGCAGAGAAUUUUUUCUCCUCAUCUUCUGUCUCAUAUGCUUCUUGGGCCAACUCAUCAUGGUUACAGAGACACGACAUGCCAAAAAGGGCAGCCCACUCAACCUUCUCCUUCUGGGGGAUUCCAAGAUGCUCCUAUGAACGUGGAUAUGCGAUGAUUACAGAAAUACUAUAACAAUGCCUCUGCAACGGUUGUACAUGUGGCUGCUACCCUGCCGUUAGACUGGGUUGCUAUCAUCCCAUUGUGUUAUUCUUGCUGUCCCUGGGGGAAAGUAAGCAGCAGAAAUUACUGUCAGUGAGUUGUGUUGACAGUUUAGGGAAAACUUACUAAUAUUAUAAAUCAAACAAACCUGCACUUAAGGUGUGUGACACAAGCGCUUCCUCACUUCAGUUAGUGAACAAAAGAUGCAGUUAAGGGUUAAUUGUGUAAUUUUUACAAGGAUCUCAACAGAAAUGCAAUCUACAUAACUAUAUUAUCAAUGGUGUGUAAAGACCUUACAUAAUGAUCUGUAUUGUUUUCGUACCUUAGAAUGAGCCAUUGUUUCUACAUACACCACGGGUCCCCUUGCAUGCAAGUCACAGUCAUGUUUCUACAGUAGCCCUAAACGGACAAACUGUUCUACACCUUUCUGUGUGUUUUUAUUUAGUUUAAUUAUUAUUUUAAAGGUAUUUGCAGUUUAAUACACUUUCAUUUUACUGUGAGAUGGACAAUUACACAUUUACCUGAACCUGAGCUUUCAGUUUAUAAAGUUGACUAAUCAUGGUGAAUGGCACAAAGAUUGUCUAUUCUGGUGGGGACAGAGGUUGUGCUACUUUAUACUUCAGAGGUCCGUUGUCUUUAUCGUGGAUCAUCAUUGUCACGAGUUUGAGUUACAUGAGUUUAUUUUCUGCGGUGCAUCAUAUCAGACUCAGGACAACAUCAUGUAAAAAGUCUGCAGCAUCGCUUUGGGGAGACUGUACUCCAAAAAAUAACGACCUCAUAGGUUGUUUGUGCAAGCACCUUAUUACAACGUAAAGUGUCCUCUAGUGGCAGUAGCUUAUACAACCUGUUGUUACGUUUUAAGGUUUUUGCCUUAUACAUCAGAUUAGACACAUUUAAUUUUAGGAAUUUGUAAAUGUAGAAAUGGUUCAUAAACUUUUAAGGUUUUAAAGAUAUUUUGGAGCAUCAAACCCCAUCCUUACUCUUACCCUAAACCCAACCACUUCUCAACCAUAUAAAACACAUAUGGUUUCACACAUUCUUAGCUGACGUAAUGAUGCAAUCGGUCACGAGACACACGAGAGCCAAUGCCUUUUCACAAUCAUAGAUGACGGAUCAUUGCUGCUUCUGGCG